AUGUCGGACCACGAGUUUGGAGGUAACGAUGACCUCUCGCUCCCGAAGGCGACCGUUCAAAAGAUUGUCGGCGAGAUCCUCUCUACGUCGUCAGGAAUAGCGUUCUCAAAGGACGCCCGGGACGUUCUGAUCGAAUGCUGUGUUGAGUUUAUCACCCUCAUCAGCUCGGAGGCGAACGAGAUCUCAGAGAAGGAAGCCAAGAAGACGAUUGCGUGCGACCACAUUAUCAAGGCUCUCGACCAACUCGGGUUUUCCGACUAUGUUCCCGCUGUUCUUGAAGCCGCUGCUGAGCACAAGGAAGUCCAAAAGGGCCGCGAGAAGAAAGCAAAUAAACUCGAGCAGAGCGGCAUGACACUAGAAGAAUUAGAACGUCUCCAACAAGAGCAGUUUGCCGCUGCCGCUGCGAGGCACAACUAA